AUGGCACCCAAAGACUACAUUAACGCUCGUGGCAACACUAAUGAGAGCAAAGUGACGAUAGAUGGGGAACCAUAUUUGCCCUUCCUCUCUGCCGAUCCAACCGAUUUGGAUUCCGUGAAAAUGGUGGUGGCAAAAGUCUUUGGAAUUGCCGAAUGGCAAAGUUUUCAAGUAACAUCCGUGACUGGUGGUAUUACCAACAAGUUAUUCAAGGUCUCGGGAUUGCACCAGAGUGGUGACAACAAGAGUGGUCACGACAAGAUUCCAAAGGCAGUAUUGGUUCGUAUAUUUGGAGGGGAAGGAAUGAUCGACCGUGACAUUGAAAAUGCAACCUAUGCCGCGUUGGCGAACCAAGGAAUUGCUCUGGGAUACUUCGGUCGUUUUCAAAAUGGUCGAUUGGAAGAAUGGUGUGAGCAUAUGCGCAGCCUUGGCGUAGAUGAAAUGGGAAAUCCAGAGAUAUCCAUUGGCAUUGCCAAGAGUACAGCACAGAUGCAUUCCAAUUUCUCAGUUCCAGAGGGUCUUCGUGAGCAUCACGAUCCCAGCAAACCACCGACGUUAUGGACACAACUGACAAGCUGGUUGGAUCAAGCUCUCAAGUCCAAGUUUCAGAAUGAUGGUGACACCCGACGAGCAAAGAACCUUGACUUGCCAAAGCUAAAUGCGGAACUAGAAUGGUUGCAAACGAGCGUCAUAUCAAAGGACUGCAAAGUUGGAUUUUGUCACAAUGAUUUGCUAGCCGCGAAUAUCAUGUGGGAUGCGGAAACGAAAAAGAUCCAACUGAUUGAUUUCGAAUAUGGAGGGAUUAGCUAUCUUUCCUACGAUAUAGCAAAUCAUUUCAAUGAGUUUGCUGGAGGCACAGAUGGUGAUGCCACUCCAGAUUACAGCAAGUUCCCAUCCAUAGAGUUGCAACGAGCGUUUGUGGUAGAGUACUUGACUACAACUAGUGGUGGGUCGGCACCAUCGGCCGAUGUAGUCGACGCUCUCUUGAAAGAAAUCAAAGGAUUUGUCUUGGCAAACCAUCUUGUGUGGGGGCUCUGGGGCAUCAAUCAAGCAGCCACCGAAGGUUGCGAGGAGUUUGAUUACCUAAAGUAUGGAAGCUAUCGUAUUCAGGAGUAUUUUAACGUGAAGAAGGAAUGGUCGUAA